ACGUGAAUCCUCACAAACAGCUUGUGCGCAUGCGUGUCAAUGUGGUAGCAAGAUUUUCGAUUUUCGCGGACGUUGUCUGACACUUGUUUUGAAGAAAAUUGAGCGUAACCGAGCACGAAGAACGAUGUCGGGGAAAUCGAAAGCAUUUACUAAAGAGGAAGAGCUUCUUCUUCAAGACUUCUCGCGGAACGUAUCAACGAAAUCUUCGGCUUUAUUUUAUGGCAACGCGUUCAUCGUUUCGGCGAUACCCAUCUGGCUCUUCUGGAGAAUUCACUUGAUAGACAUCUACGCUAAUUUAAUUUCCUUCGUUCUGGUCACACUGGCAAGUACAUACGCCCUCGCUCUGGCGUACAAAAAUACAAAAUUCGUGCUGAAACACAAGAUUGCAGUGAAAAGGGAAGACGCGGUAACGAGGGAAAUGAGCAGAAAGUUGGCCGAAGAUAAGAAGAUGAGCAAGAAAGAAAAGGACGAAAGGAUUUUGUGGAAGAAAAACGAGGUGGCCGAUUACGAAGCGACGACGUUCUCAAUCUUCUACAAUAACGCGUUAUUUUUAGCCCUUGUAAUCGUAUCUUCCUUCUACAUUCUGAAGACAUUCACACCAGCUGUGAAUUAUAUAUUCUCUGUGGGUGCAACGAGCGCGUUGUUAGCGCUGUUAUCAACUGGAUCACAAUAAAACAUACGCCGCGUGAAACUCAUGAUGGUGAUCAUUCAAAUCGUCGAAUCAGAUAUUUGUGCGAGGCUCUGCGACUGUUUUCACGAGUGAAUGAAUACAUGUAAUAAAAUCUUUUUUAUUUAUGGUAA